GCCGGUGCCCCCCGGAAAUGCGUCAUCAGCCGGGGGCGGGGCCAGGCCAGGUCACAGGGCUCACUGUCACAGCAGCAGCGCUUCCCGCCGGGUCACAAGAUGGUGGACGAGCUGGAGGAGCUGGAGGACCUGGUGCACGUCACGGUGGGCGACCUCCCCAGCCGCGGCUAUGGCGUCAUGGAGGAGAUCCGACGUCAGGGCAAGCUGUGUGACGUCACGCUCAAGGUCGGGGAGCACAAGUUCAGCGCCCACCGGAUUGUGUUGGCGGCCUCCAUCCCUUACUUCCACGCCAUGUUCACCAAUGACAUGAUGGAGUGUAAGCAGGACGAGAUAGUCAUGCAGGGAAUGGACCCCAGCGCACUGGAAUCCCUGAUAAACUUUGCCUAUAACGGACGCCUGGCGAUAGAUCAGCAGAAUGUGCAGUCUCUCCUGAUGGGGGCCAGUUUCCUGCAGCUGCAGAAUAUAAAGGACGCCUGCUGCUCCUUCCUGAAGGAAAGACUCCACCCCAAAAAUUGUCUGGGUGUGCGUCAGUUUGCGGAGACCAUGAUGUGUGCGGUGCUGUACGACGCUGCGAAUCGCUUCAUCCAUGAGCACUUUGUGGAGGUCUCCAUGUCAGAGGAGUUCCUAGCCCUGGCCUUUGAUGAAGUCUUGGAGCUGGUAUCCAGGGAUGAGCUGAACGUAAAGGCUGAAGAACAGGUGUUUGAAGCUGCCCUGGCGUGGGUGCGAUAUGAGCGGGAGCAGCGGGAGCUCUUCCUGCCGGAGCUGCUGACUAAGAUCCGCCUGCCCCUGUGUCGUCCUCAGUUCCUCACAGACCGCGUCCAGCAAGACGACCUGGUGCGCUGCUGCCAUAAAUGCCGGGACCUUGUAGAUGAAGCAAAGGACUAUCACCUGAUGCCGGAGCGUAGGCCGCACCUUAUGGCGUUUAAAACUCGCCCACGAUGCUGCACGUCUAUAGCCGGCCUGAUCUACGCUGUGGGCGGCCUCAAUUCAGCAGCACAUUUCUACGCAGGUGACUCUCUGAACGUGGUGGAAGUCUUCGACCCAAUCGCCAACCGCUGGGAGAAAUGCCAACCUAUGACGACCGCACGCAGCAGGGUGGGAGUGGCAGUCGUCAAUGGACUUCUGUAUGCAAUUGGCGGUUAUGACGGCCAAUCGCGGCUGAGCACUGUGGAAGUCUACAACCCGGAGACAGAUACGUGGACCAAAGUAGGAAGUAUGAACAGUAAGCGAAGUGCGAUGGGAACGGUGGUCCUGGACGGACAGAUCUACGUCUGCGGAGGAUACGACGGCAACUGCUCCCUCAACUCUGUGGAGACAUAUUCACCGGAGACAGACAAGUGGACCGUGGUAACUCCCAUGAGCUCCAAUCGCAGUGCUGCCGGGGUGACGGUGUUUGAAGGACGGAUUUACGUAUCGGGCGGACAUGAUGGGCUUCAGAUCUUCAACACUAUGGAAUACUACAACCAGCAUGCCACAACGUGGUACCCUGUGGCCAGCAUGCUGAACAAGCGCUGCCGUCAUGGCUCCGCCUCCUUAGGCAGCAAGAUGUUCAUCUGCGGUGGAUACGACGGCUCCGCCUUCCUGAGCGUCGCAGAGGUGUACAACUCCAUGGCAGACCAAUGGUACCUCAUAACCCCCAUGAACACCCGCCGCAGCCGUGUCUCUCUCGUGGCUAACUGCGGCCGUCUCUAUGCCGUGGGCGGCUACGAUGGUCAGUCCAAUUUGAACUCCGUAGAGAUGUACGACUCGGAGACCAAUCGCUGGACGUUCAUGGCACCCAUGGUGUCCCACGAAGGUGGCGUGGGGGUGGGGUGUAUACCGCUACUUACCAUAUAGCGGCUUGUGGACCACUCAAAGGACAUAUUCCCCAGCGUCUGGGAAACGGACUCAUUAAUGUGAAAGUGAGGACUGAGGUCUAGCUCCAGGAGCUUGCGCUCCAUUGUAUCCUUGUGUUUUCUUCAUAAGACCCUGUAUCAGUAUAACGAAUGUACGUAGGACUGUUCUAUCGAGGGCUACACCUCCCCAUGUAAGGGAAGACAGUCCGGGGGGCCGGGGGUAACCCCGCCCAUCCAGGACACUUAUGUAUAGCUUCUGCACCAAAGUGGUCUGUGUUUUGUGAUUCGCCAGCCCGGGCGCAAUUAUCCCUUACUGUAUAACUGAAGGUCACAGGUCAUUGCCAUGAAUUUAGUGCCAUAGUUUCCUGACCCCAAAACCUCACUAGGUGCUUCUGGCGGAAUGUAUUCUAAGCCUCCCAUUGGCUUACAGUGCUCCUCGCCUAGAUCCAGUGGAGUCGGCAUGUCACCUAUAUCCAGCGCAGGCCUGUCGGCUGUAGCCAGUGGAGGCGGGGCCUGUCGGCUGUAGCCAGUGGAGGCGACAUGUCACCUAUAUCCAGUGCAGGACUGUCUGCUGUAGCCACUGGAGGCGGGGCCUGUCGCCUGUAGCCAGUGCAGGCGCCCUAUCAAGGUUGUUUCACAAGAACCCUGAAAUGUCAUGUGUGUUAUUUAAGACCACAACAAAAUGUCUGCCGCCUCCGUGUUGCACUUAAGUGAAUGAAAUGGUGUUCUCGUGUAGGUCUCGGAGCCUCUCCAUGUGAUGGAUGACCCUGUCACAGCGCAUAUGGUUGUAUUGUAAAUAACAUGCAUUUUCUUCUGAUACUGACUUGACACUGGCACAAAAACCAAUGAAUCCCCCCCCCCCCCCCCACCCUCGGCAGUGCCACUUGCACAGGUUAUAUGUUACAUAGGGCUCUAGUCUCCUGGCUGGGUAGAGAUGAGAUGCGCCGUGUAAUUACAGACCAGUGCGUCUGAUCCCUGCCUAUGAUUCCAAGCGAGGUCUCGUGCUGUGUGUGGCUUCACUCAGGAGAGAGAAAUGAGCUCAUACCGUGGUAUGUUACAUAGACUAGACUUAGGACGACCACUACUGGGCGACAGUAAGUUGGUUGACAUGGUUCCUAGGUCGACAGGGACUCUAGGUUGACAUGAAAAAAGGUCAACACAAGUUUUUUUUUAUGUUUUAACCCGAACUAGUGCACGUGUCCCCUCCCGUUAGGGCAAGGUGCUUCGCUCCACUCGGCACAGGUUACCGUUCCCAAUCGUAGUCCACGAGGAUCGGAAAGUAGGAAAAAGUUCAGAAAAUGGAAAAAAAAAGUGAAAAACUCAUGUCGAUCUUUUUGUCAUGUCGACCUAGAAUCCCUGUCAACCUCGUUACUGUUGACCAAUAGUGGUCGACCUAGACAUUGUCAAGCUAGGGACCGGAUCCCGUGCAGUCCACGCUGCUGUUUUCUCAUACACAUCCACCAGGGGGCGCUGUGUGAUGGAGGUUUAUACAUAUAGUGUUGUCCCCAGCUCAUAAUUCCCCUGUGCAGAACAAUCUCCGACCACUCACUGAAAGUGAAAUCCGCUUCUUGCAUUUGUUUACAAUUAUAAUUUGUUCUCUAAAAAGCUCCUUUUAAUAUAAUAAAGAACAAUAGACUGAGAGGGCGCCGACUGUAUAAAGGGCGUGGUCCAUGUUUGUAAGUAAAGCAAAAAUGCAAGCAACUGCAAAACCAUGCUGCACCGCAGGGGGGCAGAUGUAACAUGCGUGGGCUACAUGCAGAAGCAGCCGGUAUUUACCCUGCACAGAAACAAUAUGAAUGCAUUUGCUCCCCUUGCAUGGCAGCGUGGUGCGUUCCAGACACAAAGUUGCUGUUUUUGCUUUACUUACAAAGUGCGGUGCGGAUUGCACUGAGCUCUGUAUUGCCCAUACACAACAUGGGUUUCUGGGGUAAUAAGUGGGCACAGGGGCUCUGCCAGGGGGAGCAUUGGGCACAUAUGGAGGCCACAUGUCAGAUGCACUGUGUAGCUGUGCCAGGAUCAGGGCCCCGGUCAUUGCACCCGUUAUAUGCGGCAGUGUUCCGUGUCUGCAUAGAAUGUGCUGUAACCUACUUCUUCCAUCUUAUUCCGAGCUGAAUGCAGAAUGCACCGCUUAUCAUACGCCCUCCGCUGGCAGCGUCCUUCCCCCGUAGACUUGU